AUGCCUCAGUACAAAGGAAGUCGCGAAGUAAUAUCAAUCCACGUUGGUCAAGCAGGUGUUCAAAUUGGAAAUGCAUGUUGGGAGUUGUUUUGUCUAGAACACGGAAUUCAACCUGAUGGAUACCAUGUGGAAGACGAUUCAUAUGAUGAAGAAACCGAGACAAUCAACACGUUUUUCGCUGAAACAGCUGGUGGAAAGCAUGUUCCAAGGUGUCUAUUCGUGGAUCUGGAACCAACUGUUGUGGAUGAAGUCCGAACCGGAACCUACCGUAGUCUCUUCCAUCCGGAGCAACUACUUUCUGGAAAGGAAGACGCAGCUAAUUGCUAUGCAAGAGGAAGAUACACGAUUGGAAGAGAAAUGAUUGAUGUGGUAAUGGAUCGUGUAAAACGACUAGCGGAAAACUGCAAUGGACUCCAGGGAUUCGUAAUAUUUCAUUCAUUCGGAGGAGGAACUGGAUCUGGAUUCUUAUCACUUCUCAUGGAAAGACUCUCGACUGAAUACGGAAAGAAACCAAAACUAGAGUUUGCAAUCUACCCAGCACCACAAGUCUCCACAUCAAUGGUCGAACCAUACAACUCAAUCCUAAUGACACAUACGACUCUCGAGCAUUCGGACUGCACAUUUAUGGUGGAUAACGAGGCGAUUUACGAUAUAUGUAGAAGGAAUUUAGACUUGGCAAGACCAACAUACACCAAUCUAAACCGUCUCGUUGCUCAAAUCAUCAGCUCAAUCACCGCUUCUCUCCGAUUCGAAGGAGCUCUCAAUGUGGAUCUCACUGAAUUUCAGACUAAUCUGGUUCCCUACCCACGUAUUCAUUUCCCUCUAGUCACAUAUGCUCCACUUGUCUCUGCUGAACGUGCGUCUCACGAACAGAAUACAGUAGCUGACAUGACUCAUGCCUGCUUUGAACCUGGUUACCAAAUGGUCAAAUGUGAUCCGAGACGUGGAAAAUAUAUGGCAGUUUGUCUGUUAUAUCGAGGAGAUGUUGUACCGAAAGACAUCAAUUCAGCCAUUGCGUCUGUCAAAACAAAACGGACGGUGCAAUUUGUGGAAUGGUGUCCAACUGGUUUCAAAGUCGGAAUCAACUAUCAACCACCAACUGUUGUUCCGGGUGGAGAUUUGGGAAAACAAACGAGAAGUGUUUGCAUGAUUAGUAAUACAACUGCAAUUGCUGAGGCAUGGGCACGAUUGGAUCACAAGUUUGACUUGAUGUAUGCUAAACGUGCAUUCGUGCACUGGUAUGUUGGAGAAGGAAUGGAAGAAGGAGAAUUCUCAGAGGCUCGUGAAGACAUGGCAGCACUCGAAAAGGAUUACGAGGAGAUUGGAGAAGAUGAACUACCGGAUGACAUUGAUGAUCAAUCGUAUCGUGGAAGAAGUGCUGCUUCGAGAUAUUAG